UAUCAUGACUCUUCAAUUCGUAUACGAGUUUUACAUCACAUGCCAUUUAAUUGUCCCCGAGCCGGUGAAAUGGCACACUAAAUUGAUUCAUUUUGUUGACGAUGAGUACAAACUGGUAGGUCUGGAGAGGGCCAAGGGUUACAAUUCGUUGCACGCCGAAUUAGAAAGCGACUUUGAGCAGAUUGGCAAGUUGGACAAGCAAAAUCAAACUCUUGUUGAAGCCACUACAAAUGAUUGGGUUCAAGUGCUUGGUCAAGUUAAAGAAAACAAUGGAAAAACUGUGAUCCUAGGUUCAGGUGGGAGUCAUAUUUCCACAGUGCAGAAAGUGCACAACGUCAAAUAUAUGGAGAAUAUAGUGCUACAAGGAAAAUAUCAGUGUACAAAUGUUAACGAUUUGCUGGGAAUGAGCUAUUACGUAGAUAUUCUAAACUUUCAAGUUGCAGAGAAAGCAAUGUGGAUUUUGCAACGUUUCCGAGAAAGUGGGUUGCAGAAUGUGUGGGUAGAUUGGCGUAAUUUGUGGUUCAAGAAUGAUAUCAGCAAGUUGUAUUGGAGAAAGGGUGGUGAUAAUGUGGUGAAAAAUACCAUCAGCAAUGACAAAUUUGGUGGGGUCAGUCAAGCAGAUUACAUUUCAUUUAGAAAUUUAGUCUCAUUUUUAUUGUUACUGGUGGAAUGUAUUGUUUAUGCAUUGUGAUUUUUAUAUUAGAACGUGCACUGAUAACCUGGUCGUGGUGUAAGGUGUAAUGAAUUUAUUUCGAAAAUGUCACGCAAGAUAGAUAUCUACCAAUAAAAUAAAAUAAAAAGCUGCUAUGCAUGUCCAUAGUGCUUAGCUAAUUUAUAUAUAGGUAAUUUUAGGAAGCAUUAUAUUUAUCAGAAACACUUCAAGUAUAUAGCCACCAAUACUAUCUGCCAGAUAGUACCUGGAGUUCGGCUUCCCUUAAGGCUGUGGGAUUUUGUGGGAUUUUUGGUAGUUGUAAUACGCGAAAGAGAGCAAAAAUAUGUUUUGAAGAGUGGUGCGAGGAAUCGAACCCCGCGUCUCCCGUUUCCCGGACGGACACCUUUACCACUAGGCUAACCGCCCUUCUUCACAUCUAUCACUCUCUUUUACAACUACCAAAUUCCACGUAUUCUCUCCUACAGUUGCCUGGAAAUAGUUUAGAGUGGUCCCCACUCUAUAAGGGGAUAUAUGGGAGAGAAUAUACUUGCACCACCGACUGCUCAGCUGAGGCAACGCAUGCUGAUCUAGCGGUGGUGGACAGAAAGGGGAUGACGUCUCAUGCCCUGCGCGAGGAGCUCACUGCAUGGACGGAAAUUGGGGUUUGGGGAUUUUUGGGGGUUGGGCUUCCGUUUAACUUUGAGAGGGAUCGAGAUCGAACAGCUGUUCCACCACAUGUGGGAUUUUUGGUAGUUGUAAUACGCGAAAGAGAGCAAAAAUAUGUUUUGAAGAGUGGUGCGAGGAAUCGAACCCCGCGUCUCCCGUUUCCCGGACGGACACCUUUACCACUAGGCUAACCGCCCUUCUUCACAUCUAUCACUCUCUUUUACAACUACCAAAUUCCACGUAUUCUCUCCUACAAUUUUUGGUAGUUGUAAUACGCGAAAGAGAGCAAAAAUAUGUUUUGAAGAGUAGUGCGAGGAAUCGAACCCCGCGUCUCCCGUUUACCGGACGGACACCUUAUACCACUAGGCUAACCGCCCUUCUUCACAUCUAUCACUCUUUUACAACCACCAAAUUCCACGUAUUCUCUCCUACAAGGCUGAUAAUUCCACCAGCACCAUGACCCAAACGUCAAUGACAAGUUGUUGCCAACAAAUAUAUUGUUAUUUAUUCUCCUAUCUUGUUCACCUACUAGACUUGAAAAAGGAAACGGUUGUCUUUCCAAAGUUCGUGUUUUCAUCAACCACUGUAAAAUGUCAUCCAUGCGAUCUUUCAUCCAUGAAAUUUAUGGAUGAAAGGAAAAAUCCAAACAUGCUCUUCCAAUUGUUGACUGUGGUUAGUACGAUACACAAAAGUACGUUGUAAAUGGAUAAAUGCCAUUGUCAAUUCCAUUCUGACAAUAUUCUAAUCGCUGAUCUGCUCAUCAUUCUCAACUGUGCAUACUCGUAUUUAUAUCUGGGAUUGCAAUCUUGUCCACUUCUCAUAACUUCAUGGGUAGCCUGGCAGAUUUGUGUCUCGUGCCUAACAUGCACCAUUGGAAUGCUCAAAAAUAUCUAUAUUUUAUAUACCUACGAGUAUGUAUAAGCAUGACAUAUCAAAUCUCAAUUAUAUCACAAGGCCGGUGAUAACAAAAACUCCGAAAAAAACUUAAUUUCAUUAUCGCCUACAACUUACAUACAUACAUACGUGGUCUUUACAGAAAAAACUCGUGGGGAUGAUGACGGUGCAAUACAGCUACACACGUGAAAAACGUAUACUUGAAUCACGCAUCGUCAUCAAUCCAACCACAUAAAAGUGACUUUUCUUCUCAAGACGAUCUCAUUCGACAUUCAUCUUCAUCUGUGGUUUGAUCUCAGUUGCUGUCAGAAUUUUAACUUUAAAAACGAUUAGUUAUACAUAUAUUUCAACGAAUAAUCCAGAAUGUUCUGUUGUCUAUCGGGUUGGUUGUGCUCAACCCUGUUUUAUUUCGCCAUCCUCCCAGCAGCAAUUUUGCUUGGGGCAAGGCUAAUAGUUAGGAAGCUUCGGGGAAAGGUCGACCCUACAAAUGAAGUCGAUAUCCAAGGAAAAACCGUGAUUGUUACGGGAGCGUCGGAUGGAAUUGGGAAAGCUACGGCGGAGGAGUUUGCGAUCCGUGGGGCUCGAGUUAUCAUGGCGUGCAGGAAUUUGCAGAAGGCGGAAAAAUGCGUAGAGGAUAUCCGGAAGAAAACGUCGAAUGGAGAACUGAUUGUUAUGGAACUCGACCUCUCAAAAUUAUCAUCCGUGCGAAAAUUUGCGUCUGAAUUUCUGCAAAAGUACGGUGGUGACAGUAACCCAGGUGGACUUUCAAUUCUCGUAAACAAUGCGGGUAUCGUUAAUCCGCUUGGGGUCAGGAAAGUAACGGAGGACGGAUUUGAGGAAACUUUCGGAGUCAACCACUUGGGUCACUUCCUCCUCACAAACCUCCUCUUACCCGAGAUUGAGAAAGCCGGUAACAAGUCUAGUGACCCAAGCCGUAUCGUCAUCGUCAGUUCUCUCGCACACACCUGGGGCCAGCUAAACUUUGAUGAUUUGAUGUAUGAGAAAACGCCAUUUGAAGAUUGGAAAGUGAUUUCCAAGUUUUAUUCAAAUUCCAAAUUAGCAAAUAAUCUUUUUAAUCUUGAGCUCGCCAAGAGAUUGAGGGCAAAGAAGGUCAACGUAAAUUCGUACGCACUGUGUCCAGGAUUUGUUGAGACCAAUAUUGGGACAGAGGCUCAAAAGGAUCAGCCCCCGAAUUGGAUCAUGAUGAAUGUGAUUGCUCCCAUUCUCAAGAUAGUCAUGAUUAAGAAUGCUAAAGAGGGUGCUGAGACGACGAUAUAUUGCUCUUUGAGCAAGUAUUUGACCUACCAUAGUGGCGAAAUGUACAAGAAUUCCGAAUUUUGGGAUUACAGUAAGAGACCCAAAUUGAGCGAGAAGGAUGCAGCAAAGCUUUGGGAAAUGAGUGAAAAGCUUGUGAAGCUUAAUUAACAGAAUAUUGAGAACUGUAAUUGGAGUUAAUAAAUAUUUAAAUAUAUAUGUUCUUAAGUA